GUUGAUAUGAAUUUGCAGUGGCAAAAUUUAGCAUAUCUGCAGCACAUGUUCAUAUCUCAAUGGAUUUCACGCAGGCCUGCAUUGUGUGUGCAAUGUUUACGUCUGGAUACAUGUGUGCUGGAACGAGACGUCUGGCCAGUUCGCGUUGCAGAUUUCCAGUGAAAAGUGGACAUUUCCACAGAUCGGAUUCUUCUGAUAGGCGUUGAAUGUUGCAUAAUGAGUGACAAUGUCUGCACAUCAAUGACUUCACUGUGUUUGCGCUGUCAAUCUGCGAGCACUCCUAAACCAAGAUGCGUGGCGAAGCGCCCGAGGCAAUGCUGACCACAAUGCCUGACUGCGACGAGUCUAAUAGUUCCCGUUCCACGGCGCCGCUGUCGGUGGCGCGCAUGUCCCGCAGUUCACGGAGUUCCAGCUCCCCAGAGCUACGCUACACCUCCUUGGAGCCCUCCCUGUCGACCGCUGUGCCCGUAGAGGGCGCCGAUCACACGCAGCGCAUCGACGACGACGGUGGCAGCGUCCACUCUGACCUGCAGAGGAUUCCCAACCCAGCCCAGCCCGUACACAAAGUCUCCAACGUGACCAGCCAAACCAAGUAUGAUCUCCAGUGUUGUACCUUGCCCGUGUGCCUCGUGACCUUGCAGCUGUUGCUGGGAUUCACCAUCAUGGUGUUUGGAGUCACAAUGUUACUGAUGACGCCUUCCGUCAAGACCAGAGAUGCGCCAUACUGGGCUGGCAUUGUGUUAAUCAUGGCAGGUGGGAUAGGACUGUACUUCAGUGCAACCAAUGAACAGGCCUACUCAGGAAGCAUCAAAGCAUUCAUUGUUAAGGCCUCGUUCUUCUUACUGUCCGUCGUCUGUUUAUUUGUCAACACCAUCGCCAGCGCCUUCUGUGGGAUCCAAGGAGAGAACAUCCUGGGUCUGAUUGACCUGGACAAACCCACCUGCAUCUCAGACAAUCACCACACCUGUCACUGCACCAAGGUAGAGAGCGACGGACUGGCCCGCAUCUACACCUUCUUGGAAAUCAUCGACUGCCAGUCCUUCCUCCUCAACUUGAAGACGUACAUGUUCAUCCAGUGCAUUCUCAACGGACUCGGCGGCAUCACGUCUUUUCUUGUCGUCAUCCUGAUGUGGAGGAAUCGCUACAUGGAUUUCCAUUCGGGCCUUCGGUUCUACUCCUACAGCGCCAGUAUCCCAAACCACCCGUGGUCUGAUCCCCAGGCUCCGCCUUACACAAACUACAUCAUGGCCAAUGGCGACAACAGGCAGGAUCGGUAUGUCUUCGAUACAUGACGGACUUCACUAUUUGAAGAGAAAAAAAAUUGUCAGACUAGAGGCAGUGUAAAUAUGUUUCUUCUUGGGGAGGUGUACUGACUGUAAACUACAUGGUUUUGGCGUGGGCAUGAUGAUGGAACUCCACGAGCAUUCCUGCUCUCAAUUACAGACUCGAAGAGAGUCCUCAUCGAUAUUUUGGAAAAGCUGUGGAAUCUUGAUGCGCUGUUUCACCUCAAGUUUUCUCGGGUAAAUUGGUGUUAAUUCAAGGACUUUGAAUACUGACGUGUAUGUUCUUACAGGGAUUGACAUGAAUGGUAAAACAAGUAUGUAUAUGUGAGGCGUUCUAGCAAAAUGAGACAGAACUGGGCAGAGGUUGAAAUGAGGGUUUGCAGGUAUUAGGAAAGAGAACAAAAUUCUCCUUACAAUACUGUUUGUUGCAUUUCAAUCGGACAUUCCGUUGACAACUUAUGGCUGUCUAAAGUUUGUAUUUAUCGGCAUGUCAAAACUCAAAAGAGUUAAGUACUGAGAAAAAUUGCCUAUAAAGUUUCAAGUUUUGUAUUCGUGAAAAUAAAAAGAUGCCACUUGUAGUUUUAUUCCAUGAUUAUUAUACUGUUUCUUUAAAAUAUGUGUAUCAGACAAAUCAAAGAUUACAAAUAUCAAUAAAUCUGAACAUCAAAAAAAAAAAAAAUCAUCCCAUUGUUUUUUUUCUGCAUUUUUCUCCACUAGGCCUGUGCCCAGUUCCGUCUAAUUUUGCCAGAACGACUCACAUAUUAUAAAUCAGGCUUCAGCAAGGGGAGGGGGAAUUGGCAUUGUUCAUGACUUUAAAAACCUCCUCUACAUCUGGGUACUUUUAACUAGACCAUUAGAAUUUUUAAAAGUUGCCUAAACCUGGAUUGUGGUUUAGCCAUUGCUCCAUCUUAUAUCAAAGGAGUUUUGCCUUGUAUUUUAGUGGCUUUUGGAACUUGAUCCUGUGCAAAGAUGAUGUUGGAGUAAUACCAGUGUUGAAACCUUUUUCUUAGAUUCCUGUGUGAAACAUGCAUGAAUUUUAGUCAGUGGAAGACCUACAUGUACAAAGUAUGCACAUUGAUGUCUUCAUUUUGGGCCAUUUCAAGAGAGCAAAAAAUGAACAGAACCAUCUUUGCGAUACAGUGGAACGCCGCUAUAAAUAACAUCGCAGGACCCACAGAAAUUGUUCGUAACAGCGACCGUUCAGAAUAGUGAUUUUAAGCUGCCGGUGCUCCGAUACUCACUUUUCGAUAAAUAGCGCCCUUCAGAACUUCACCAUGUAACGCCCUGGUAGUUAUGGAGAAUGACUUUGAAAACAUGCUGAAUAUUGAAUUAUGUAAUAGCCGCUUUUUAGCUUACUACCUGCAGCAAUGGGUGGCUUUCCCCUUCUAUUCCUUGGGGAAAUAAUAGCCAGUUGUCGCUCUUCUGUUGACAUUUUUCAACAACAAUGUUCGCUAUGUUUUGCACACAAAAAUCAGGAGCCAAAGACGAUGUUUGGUAUAGCGGUGUUCGGUAUAGCGACGUUCCACUGUAUACAUGUAAAUUGCAGUGAAAUUGAUUCUGAAACUCAGAUUCCAGUAUGAUAUUUAAACAUUCGUGCAAACUCUCCUACUAUCUCAAGUCUUUCUGAACUUUCUUCAUAGAGGUUUCCAGUUCUCGGUAUCACACAUGUACCUGUAUAUGUUGUAAAUAAACAUUUUCAACCUAGUGAAUAGACGUUGGCAAUUGGCUUUCAGAUUCGCAGACAUUCCAGUUGUGCAUUUAUCAUCAAUUUAUUUUUUUCAAUUUUAUCACAUUUGCUCGCCUUUUUGCCUCCAUCUGAUAAUUUCAUUUUAAAAAAUUUCAGUAAUAAAUACAUGUAGAGCAACCAAAUUUCCACCUCCUUUCUUGGCCUAGUGUGUUCAUCCUCUAAAUCAUUUGUGUCUCGCCUGGACAACUUUUAUUCAAACUUGGGUCAUAGAUGCAACAUGGGAACCUUCACAUGAUAAUGAUGUCAAAGGUCACACACCAAGGUCAAAGGUCACUCUUUAGAGAAAAUCGCAAAAGCAGGUGAGAGGUGCGGCUCGAGAACCGCCUUGGUACUUUUACUAAGUUACUUAGGGGUCAAAUGUUAUAUAGAGGUCACCAGAGGUCACCAAUCAUUGCUCACAUUGCUUUUUUUCUGGUACAACAAAUUUCCUUUAACUUUGGAAAAAUUUAUCAUUUGUUACUCAAGCAUAGUAAUGCUCAGUUUGCUAUAUAAAUGUGAUCAGCCCCCAUACAUUGUUUAUACAGAUGCCACUAACACUAAAAUCUGAAGCGUUUGUUAGUUUUCAUAAUUCUUUGGCUUAGGGUAUUCAAUUGGUUUUAAAGAAAAAAAUUUCAAGUUUUUGUUUUUAUUUGUGAAUCAGCAUCUGAAAGAGGUUUUAGUUAAAUGAUGCUCCUAGAUUGUAAUAAUCUUUAAAUUUCUCUUCUCAGUAACGAAGUUAUUCGGUUUUCUUACAUUUACGUCCCUAAAACCUCAAAUGGUUUUAGAUUUCCGUACAGGAAGAGUAAGGCCUCCGGAAAAACUGUGUACUAAAAUGCCUUUGUUCCAGUUGUCAUGGUUUAAUUAUUUUGCCAUUUUAGGGAGCACGGUUACUCGUACAUGUACCCUGUCUGCAUUUUCAAGUAUUCGGUUUCAAUUUGAAGAAUGUGCAUUCACAUUAUUGAUCUUUAAUUGAACUUCAACUUUGUAAUUGUAGCCCUUACAAAUGAUUCUAUAUUUUAUUCUUUCGACAAUUAAAGGAAUUAUUUCAAACCCUUUCAGUGGGAAGAUAGGAGAAAUAAUGCAGGAUUGGCUUACAUGGCUCAUUUUUAGGAUUUUUGAGAAUACCGUAUUUUGGUUUUAAUUGAUGAAGUACAUAUACAUGUAAAAUAAAAUCCUCCCUAUGUAUUGCUUUGAAAUAAGUUUACAUGUAGUUUUAUAAAGACAGGUGUAUAACGUAGCAUUUGAUGGAAUGCCCACAUUUUUGGCUUCAUUAAAUAUCGCUGAAUUUCCUCAGGCUCCGGACGCGACUCCGGACAUGAGUAUUUCCUCAUAUCCUUUUUUCAGCUUUGGUAUUAAUCUCGGUGACGGAUUAUCUCAGAGAACAGCAACGGACAAGAAGAAAUGACGGCUAUUUUAUCGAAAUAGAAGAGGAACAAAAUUGACUUAAUUACAAAAUGAUGAGGCAGUUAUUUCUGACAGCAUAGGACAAAGUAGAUAGCCGAUGUUUGAUAACGAAAGAUUGGGGCAAGGUGGAUUUUCAGUCAACCAAUUCAUUAUCCCAAGUAUUUUUCUCUCUUGUAAAAUGUCUCUUUUUGUUCUUUCUUUUUUUUUGCUCGCAUAGAAACUCCAUUUUUCUCUCCUUAAAGAAGCACUUACACUAUGCAAGCCUUACAGCUAAAUCUGGCCUUGCUGUAUUGUAUAUAAAAAGAUUGAAGUCAAUUGAAGUGAUAGCGUCAUGAUGUCAUUGUGGAUUCAACCUUGAAUUUUUUUGUGCCAGGUUUUACGGUCUCAGAGAUUUUGGAAUUUGAGGGGAAUUUAAUCUUUCAGAUAUGCAGUAAUGGUGUAUAUAUUUUGUGUAUAUUGUAUAAUUAUAGACUGAGUUAUUAUUGUAUUAUUGUCAAUUUCUUGUAUAUUGUGAAGAAAACAACUCUCGGGGAUAAUGUCUGCGAAGCCAAAGACAGGGUUUGAGUUGAAGGACGGACUCGUUUUGGUGGGCUUAUUGCGUGCAAUCUUUCUUGUACAUAGUUAGAGUCACAGUUUUAUCCAAUUCUAUCUAAUUGUAUCCGUAAACUAUGUGCCAUGUAAUCGCCAUGGAGACGGUUUCUAUAGUAACGUAUGCUCUACCACUUAUUUUUUACUGCUUUAUAAUAUAUACGUAUGCACAAAAAAAUGCCUUCUGUAAAAGUCAAAACUGCUUUCAAGAUGUUUGAUUGUUGUUUUAAACAAUUGAAACUUUAA